UGCAGGGAGAUCCCAUGCUAUCUCGGUCGUUAAAAUCGCGGGAGAGGAUUGAGGACCUCUCCUUCAGGCUCGCUGGGCGCACUGAGAGCGAGCGUCUCCACGCUCGCCCUCCUGCCCUGUGCCAACGCCUCUUCGCUCACCGCCUUCCAUCUCCCACGCUUGAUUCCUCCUCCGGCCCUUCGUUCCUUUCCUCCUCUCUCUCUCCCUCUCUCGAAAUACCCUUUCUACCUCAGCCGGAUUUCGUCCGAAGCAACGACACCUGGAGAGGAGAUACAAAUCCCCUCUCCACUUAGGGCUUACGUGGCUUAUACCCUCCUCGAUUCCCACCGCCUUAGAAUCUUCCUUUUCUCUUGCUCCCCUCUCAGAACCGCAGGAUAACCCGAGCUUUUCUCCACGACCGCUUCUUUCUCCAAUUCCGAUCCCUGGGAGGAUCUUUACGGUGUAGUUCUUAAUUCGCCUUUCUUCGUUUUCUACAUAAGGUUCCUUUGUCCGAUUGGAAUUAAGGAGGUUUUAACCGGCGGAAAGAUAGAGUUUUUUUGGCUCAAGGGUUCUGGUUUUGUUUAAGGUCUCCUUCUUUUUGCGAAAAGAUCCUUUCUUGACGUCCUUUGGUUCAGUUACAGUUUAGAAUUUGGACGAUCUGUGGAGAUUUCAGUGUUGUCCGGGUAGGGAUCAUGAUGAGAAUCCCAUGUCUUAUUUAGCUUCUGAAGAAGUUCGAUUCGGAGACGCUCAAAGCAGAAUCUUUUCUUGUUCUACUAGAUCAGUUGCCGAAAAGAUUUGGCCUUUCUGACGGAUUUUCUUUAUCUAGUGUAAUAGUCUGGCGUUGCAGGCCAGUAUAAACCUACUUAGAUGGUAUGCAUCAUCAGCUUAAGGAAUUUCGUCGUUCGGGCAACAAAUCUGAGGGGUUUCUCUAACAGUAGGCAGGGGCGUCUGAAGAUUUGGGGGGGCGAUCUGGAUGUGAAACUGGAGGUGAAUUAUCAUCGAAAUCACCGCAGGUUUAGGGCAAUCACAAAGAUGAUGGUGGAUUCGAGUGCAACGCCAGAACCACCUCGAUCCAUUAUCAAUGUGCUGCCCAAAAAGGAGCACGAGGAUGAUGGCAGUUAUUCCAGCGGUGGAUGGAAAAGUGAGGAUGGAAAAUUGAGUUAUGGAUAUUCAAGCUUUAGGGGGAGGAGAGCAAGCAUGGAGGACUUCUAUGAUGUAAAAAUAUCCAAGAUCGAUGGACAAACAGUUAGUCUCUUCGGGAUAUUUGAUGGUCAUGGUGGUUCACGUGCUGCUGAAUAUUUGAAGGAGCACUUAUUUGAAAAUCUUAUGAUGCAUCCACAGUUCAUGACAGACACGAACUUGGCUAUUAGUGAAACAUGUCAACAAACUGAUUCAGACUUUCUGAAUGCUGAAAGGAAUACCUUUAGAGAUGAUGGUUCUACAGCUUCAGCAGCAGUUUUGGUUGGCAACCACUUAUAUGUAGCAAAUGUUGGAGAUUCACGUGCUGUAAUAUCAAAGGCUGGCAAAGCAAUCCCUCUUUCUGAUGACCAUAAGCCAAACAGAAGUGAUGAGCGCAAGAGAAUUGAGAAUGCUGGAGGUGUUGUUUUGUGGGCUGGUACUUGGAGGGUUGGAGGCAUCUUGGCAAUGUCACGUGCUUUUGGCAACCGCCUAUUGAAACAAUAUGUUGUGGCAGAGCCGGAGAUUCAGGAACAAGAUGUCAAUGAAGAGUUGGAGUUGCUGGUUCUUGCAAGUGAUGGAUUGUGGGAUGUAGUGCCAAAUGAGGAUGCUGUUGCCCUCGCAAGAAUGGAAGAACAACCAGAGGCGGCUGCUCGAAAGUUGACAGAGGCAGCCUUCUCUCGCGGCAGUGCAGACAACAUCACAUGUAUUGUGGUGAGAUUUCACCAUGACAAAAGUGAUGCGGAUUCUUCUCUCACAGCUGGCGACAAAAGUUAAUUUCAAUGUUUCCAUCACUUACUGGACCUAUAGGCAGAUGGUUGCAAUCCUUAGGCAGAUGCAGGGUAUAUUUCUGCUGUUAGUUUUGUAGGUUAGAUAAUAAAUUUCUUUCUUUGGAUACCUGUCAAUAAAAUUCCUUCGUUGGGGCAUUAACUGUGACUGUGCUUUUUUCAAUUUAAUUUAAAAUUCAGAGCAGCUCGUAACUUGGGUAGAGUUGUAAUGCAAAGAUUUACAUGCUCGUAUCAGACUUUGAUGACAAAAUGAUGUGUUGUGCUAA